AUGAAGAAGAAGAACAAGGCAUCUGCCUCCGGAAACGGUCUUGAUGAUGAUACACGGCCUGAAUCCUCCCCAUACGCAGCCUCAAUCAUCGAACUCAAACUCGGGGACGGAACAGCACUCAAAGUUCCGAGCUUUCUACUUCGCAAGUGCCCAAAACUGCACACAAAGAUACAAACAUGGACUCAAAUAGUAUCAUUGCUCGAGAUAACUCAAGAUAUCGGCCACGUUCUCGUCCAUUAUCUCUUCACCAAUACCUACCAAUGUCUCCUGCCCAAGGGGACAGCCCAUGAAAAGAUGUGUUCAGAAUAUAGAACAGCCAGUCGAGUCUACAGGUGGACCCGGGAUUACGAGCUGUCCGACCUGGAGGAGCUUGCAAAGGCAGAAGUAAUAAGGCUUGGAAGUGGGCUUCCGUUCCCGACAGUCCUUGGUUUACUACGGAACGCAUACCCAACUCCACGCUCGGACGAUGUAUGGUUCAGGAGCUACCUGAAAGAUGGUCUCAAGUUGCUUGUUCAGGAUCCAUCUUUGCUGGCAGAAUGCGCUGUGUCAAAGACUAAUGCCGAAAAACUGUCGAUCAGCGACUUGAGCUUUGAAGUCCUGAUGGAGCUUGUCGGGGACCCCGCGGCGCUUCCUCAGGGUGACGCGAAUCCCCCGACUCAGCGAGAUCUCAACAGCUCUGAAGAAGUUGAAGCUCCUUUACUAUAUCAUAUGGCUCAAGGAAACGUGCUUUGCGGUGUGGAAAAGGUCCUGAAGGAUGGUGCGGACGUCAAUGCUCAGGGCGGCAGAUACGGCAACGCCCUCCAAGCCGCUUCACUCAAAGGCCACAACGAGAUUGUGCAAAUUCUCGUUCAUAAUGGCGUCUCUUGUGGUAUGUGGGGGAUGGAAAAAGGCUUCAAAGCUCAAAGUGAAAUGAUGGAGACGGAAAAGAAGUUGCCGACUGGGCCUAGAUUGUUAAAGCUGCUCUAUAGGCAAGGCAGCAAUGUCAAAUUUGUUCCAACCUCAGGCUUCCUUGUCUACUUCCCUUAUAGUAAAAUCUACGUCGAUGGAUGUUAA